AUGUCGACCCCAUCAAUCCCACUCUUCACGGGAACCUACUCGAUUGCCGGUCGUAAGUACCGAAAAACGGCCUAUCAGCUCAAAAGUCAAUCAGAGACCGAUUCGAAAAACGGUUUUCCGGAGAAAUUCACAGACACUCCGGACAUUUAUGAGGAUGAGCCGGCACAAGGAUGCAUGGCACCGCGUAUAUACGAAAAAUCUGAAAGUUCUGGAAAAAUUACUUUCAGCGGGUCUUCCGGUGCUCAAGAGCAAGGCAAUUGGAGCCAAGAAGGCGAAAACUGAGAAGGAGUUGACUCCGGAAAGUUCUGGUAAUUAGAAAUCUGAAAAAUAUUGUAAACACUUUCUAAAAUUCAGAACCUCAAGAGACGGAAGACGAACGGAUCAAAGUAAUCCAGAUGGGGAAUGGACGAGAGAAAUGGAUUGGAAAGUAGGAAAAGAAAGGAAAAAUUGACUGAGAGAUUAAAUUGUUUAGCGUUCUAGUGCCGCAAUGCUUCAUGGGCAAGCUGAUCGGAAUGAAUCGGAAGGCGUUGAGGACAUUGGAGAGCGACACGCAAUGUCAUGUCAAGACGCCAAGAAGAGAGGAGAAUACGCCUUGUGGUACGGGUUUCCGCUGGAAAUAUAGAUAUACAUAUCGUAGCUUUAACAAUGUUACAGGUGACAUUUUUUCAUAGAAAAUUCAUGUUUGAUUCACUGUAAAACGUUUUUGCAAACUUAAGAGCCACAAUAGUUGAAAACAUAACGUUUCUUCUAGAAAUCACCUCGCUGGCCAGUCUGGAAUGCGUCCAACGCUGUCUGGAUCGUAUUGAGAUCUUUCUCGACGACGCACGAAAAACUGUAAGUUUUCAGAUACUAUUUUGCUAAAAUUCCGAUUUUCAGUCCCGUCCGACUCAUUUCAUCGCAUUUCCGUGCGAUCAACACGAGGUGCAGGAGAAUUUCGAAAUUUUCAAGCAAAUGGUCGUCGAAAGUGAACAUUUCGAUGUGAGUUUCGGGAUUCCUUACGUGAAAGCGGUGAAGUGUCUGCAAAUCGCCAGAAUUUACAGGUUUCUUGCAAGAACCCCUUGCUCUUCACAAAAACGGCACGUCUUCAUCUGACUCUGGCCGUCGCGCGCACCUUCGACGACACCGAUCUUCAGAAGACUCGGGAAGUUUUCACGAUUCUGCAAAACGAGAUCAAGUACCGUUUUCUCUGAAAAGCAGUGCAUUUUAUUUACUGUUUCUUUUCUGCAGAGCGAAUCUGAAAUCAGAGCCGAUGAUCGCCGACAUUCAAGGAAUCGACAUGAUGAACGACGAUCCUUCAGAAGUGUCUGUCAUUUACGCAAAAGUUGGCGGAGCCACAAUUCAAGGGGUGGCGAAUUAUGUGAAAAAGCGACUCACGGAGCACGGAAUCGCAAUUUCCGAGGGAGAAGAGGACGGGGUGAAAUUGCACAUGACACUCAUGAACGGACGGUACGUGGCACAGGCGGAAAACCGGAAAAGGUACACGUUUGAUGCGACAAAAGUGCUGGAAGAUCUCAAAAAUUCGUAUUUUGGCACUUUCCAGCUCAACGAGGUAAUCAGAAGAUUUCAGAAGCGACCAUUUUAUUUCCAAACUUCCAGAUUUGUCUGUGUCCUCUCAACUCUUCUACGUCCAGCGAUAAGUUCUACGAAAAACUGGCCACUAUUCAAAUUUCCACUUGA